AUGUCGGCAGCUACGAAGAUCAAGAUCGUUGCCAACCCUCGCUACCAGAGGUCAGGUACAAAGUCGUAUGUACACAUGAUGCGCAAGUACCGCUUCAACCCGACAAAGCCUGGUCCCUAUUUCCUUGGGAAAACUUUACAUCAGACCGGUCGGCAGUACACCGAUAAGCCGGUCGGUGGACGUGUCCACAUGCAGGAGCUAUUACAGAAGAAGAGUGCCGAUACCGAGCAAGCUGGCGAGGUGCCCGCUGACGAUGUUCAGAAUGAUGCCAUGUAUCUCGCGCAAGUGGGAAUAGGAACACCGGCCCAGACUCUGAAUUUGGAUUUCGAUACUGGAUCUGCGGAUCUUUGGGUAUGGUCAACUAACUUGCCGUCGGCGACCUUGUCCGCCAGCAGCAAUGCCAAUCAUACGGUCUUUGAUUCUAGCAAGUCUAGCACUUUCAAGACUCAGGAAGGCUCGACCUGGGAAAUUUCGUAUGGAGAUGGCUCCUCCGCGUCUGGCUCUGUCGGCACUGACGACGUCAAUAUCGGUGGCGUGGUCGUGAAGAACCAGGCCGUCGAGUUGGCAGAUAAGAUGUCCGCACAGUUUGCCAGUGGUGCUGGUGAUGGUCUGCUCGGUCUUGCAUUCAGCAGCAUCAACACAGUGAAGCCGAAGUCUGUGGCCACUCCAGUUGAGAAUAUGGUCACCCAGUCCGAUAUCACCAGCAGCCUAUUCACAGCCAAGCUGGGUUCGUGGCGUGAUGCUGAUGAGCCAGACAAGGGCGCGUCAUUCUAUACAUUCGGCUAUAUUGACCAGGAUACUGUGACAGCUGCUGGUGCGGAUAUUUCCUACACCGCUGUUGACAAGAGCAAUGGGUUCUGGAUGUUCGAUUCCACCGCGGCGACUGUCAAUGGAAAGUCCAUCACUCGCUCUGGCAAUACGGCCAUCGCUGAUACCGGUACUACCUUGGCGCUUGUGGAUGAUGCCACCUGCAAGGCCAUCUAUGAUACUAUCGAAGGUGCUAUCUACGAUAAUGACAGCCAGGGAUAUAUCUAUCCUUCCAACACCACGGCUGAUAAAUUGCCCACUGUGUCAUUCGCUGUUGGCAACAAGCAGUUUGCUGUGCAGAAGGAAGACUUGGCCUUUGCUGAGGCAAAGACUGGGUACGUAUAUGGUGGAAUCCAGAGUCGUGGAUCAAUGACUUUUGAUAUUUUGGGUGAUACUUUCCUGAAGGGAAUCUACGCCGUAUUCGACGUUGGAAAUACUCGCUUCGGUGCAGUUCAGCGAAAGGAACUUAACCAAAACCUUGCUACUCCUCCCGCCGAGUAG